UUAACAAAUUCAGAACUCUACCAAAACGUUGUACGAAUGUCUGCUAGUACAUUUGAAGAACUGGUAUGUGUAGUUGGACCCAAAAUAAUGAGAUUUCCAAGUCGGCCUGAUAUAUUAUCAGUUGGAGAAGUCCUAACAGCAACUUUGCGGUAUCUUGCCUCUGGUGAAUCAAUGAUGUCGAUAAUGUACUCAUUUCGUAUAGGGAAGACUACUGUAUCUAAACUUAUUUUCCAAUGCUGUGAAGUUUUAUGGGAUACUUUAAAUACAAAGGUAUUAGUUGUACCAGAUACUAAAAAAUGGGCACAGUUAAGUGUCGAGUUUGAAAAUAAAUGGCAAGUACCAAAUUGUAUAGGCAGUAUUGAUGGUAAACACAUUAUACACCAGGCAUUUGCUAAUAGUGGAUCUGAAAAUUAUAACUAUAAAGGAUCACAUAGUAUAAUACUGUUGGCAAUGUGUGACGCCAGUUAUAACUUUACUAUAGUAGACAUUGGUGCAGCUGGAAGAUGCAGUGAUGGUGGAGUUUUCUCUAACUCUGAAAUGGGUAAGGGUUUUAUGGCAAAUAGUUUAAAUUUCCCAACUGCUAAAGAUAUAGAUAGUAACAGUGGUCCAAUUCCAUACUAUGCACUUGGUGAUGAAGCGUUUCCACUACUAACUAAUCUUAUGCGCCCUUACCCAGGAAGAGGUAAAAGAAAACUACCAUUAAACGAAUCAAUAUUUAACUAUAGACUUUCCAGAGGUAGACGUACCAUUGAGAAUACUUUUGGAAUAAUGGCCUCAAAGUGGCGUGUGUUUAGAAAACCAAUUAUUGCCGGACGCAAUACUGUAGAAGCAAUUACAAAAGCUGCAGUUGUAUUGCAUAAUUUUAUAAAAAUGUCGGAAAAUAAUGCUGGUGUACGGUAUUAUAGUGGCCCUAUGGACAUUGAACCUGAUGAAGACAAUCGAUGGGCAACACUAGAAAUGGGAGCUUUAAGACCAGUAAACCAAUUAGGAACCAAUACCUAUUCAGCAAAUGCUAAGAUAAUCAGAAAUAAACUUAAGGAUCAUUUUUCAGGCAAAGGUGCAGUUGCAUUUCAAUAUGAAAGAUUAGUUAAAUAA